GGUUAUCAAAUUUCUUCUGCUACAAACGUACCUUAGUGCUGACAAGGCUGUUGUAUUCAAUUUACUUAUCGUGGCAAUACCCGAGACCGGGUGUAACAUUGGGUUACUGCUCUACACACAUCAAUUAUAUCGGUUCUACCCCAUCCUUUGGUAUCGCAAGCCGAUAUUGUACUUCACACGGGUCUUGGGCUUACAUAAAAAUUCCGAAAUAGAUUGCCACGACAUCUACAGAGCCUUGAAGUGUGGAUAAGCUUAAUCAUUGUAUUCAAAGUGGGAUACUUGCCCCUUGUCGCUGGCCAACAACCGGGGGGGCAUAGACCAUAGUGCCAAUCACAUAAGAGAUUUCGUUCCUCACGCCACACAGAGUUAAUUACGCUUAAUGAAGCCAUAUGCAAGAUUAAUCCUCUUCAAAACACAGCCCUGCAUUGUCAGCCGCAGAAUAUAUCUCCACUCUUAUUUUGUAACAAUGAACUUUAUAUAUCAGCUCUACAUAUCAAUCGACAAAGGUCGUAAGGUUGCGACGGUCCUUGCUGUUUUUUUUUUUUGAUUACUUUCGCUAAAGCAUCAUGCGGGCUUUUCAGUGUGUUAAGGUGUUACUUUUCCUUUAUUUCAGUUUGAAUGUGAAUGCUAGUCCUACACUUGGAACGACACAGACCCUAAGCGCUAGAAACUCGGCUUCAACUGCGUGCGGUGAUAUCGUCAAUAACGAAGAUACCGUUUUAUUCAAUGCAACUUUGGCAUUUGAAUGCCUCACCAGUGUGCCAUUCAAUCCUGCUGUCGCCUCUCGUUUUAUCUCAUACUAUAAUGAUACUCUUCAAUUCCAGAGUACAUUGAAAUAUCUCAAAAGCCCACCUCCAAGCUAUCAACAACCAGCUGUGGAUCUAAUAGCAGGCCUGAAUCGAAUUCAAACCGCGAUCGACGAAGGGAUAUUUUCAAAUCAAUACGAGUUUGAGGCUGCUUUACAGACUCUAGUAUACGCCGCCCACGAUGGGCAUGUCGACAUACUAGCGGGAGCUUUAUCUGCGUUUAGUUUUGCAAGUCCAAGGGACUUAGUAUCACUAUCAUUAGAUGGCCAACAAAUCCCAAAGGUCUAUCUAGCCGACGAUCUAUUUGACAGUGACUAUUUUACAACUUUCCAGCCUUCAGCCAUCAAAUCAAUUAAUGGCAGAGAUGCAACUACAUAUCUUUUGGAUUUCGCAUCCGUAAACUCAGUCGGCACUCUUGAAGAUCAUUCGGAUUGGAAUCAAUUGAUGCUUAGCGCAGCUCAAGAUAUCCAAGGGUAUUUCAAUUCUUUCAGUGGCGGCGCGACAUUCUAUCCCGGUGAUAACAUUACUUUCCUUUUGGAGAAUGGGACGUCUUGGACUGAGAAUUAUCUCGCUAUCUACGAUACUCCUGGUCCCACCGGCCCUCUUCAAACUGGGGGAGACUUUUAUAACUUUUUCGUUUUAGGGUUCUAUCCUGCAUCAUAUGAUCCGUACACCGAUGAUUCGAAUAACGAUUCGGAAGAUAGUUUUAGUGAUGAUUCAUCUACUGCAGUCACUUCGACGAUAUCCGCUACUCCAACUCCGACAGGGUGGGAUAGUCCAGCUUACCCAGAUAUUCCUGACGUUGCACAAGAAGACCUUGGAACUUAUGGGGAUGGAGUUGUUUCCGGAUACUUUCUCAACUCUACUUCUGUUUCUGUUUUAAGCAUUCCAAGCUUUGAUGUCGAUGGAGAUGCUGUCUUUAGUUUCCAACAAACGAUUUCUCGGUUCAUUAAUCAAACACAGGCAGCCGGCCUAACGAAGGUUGUUAUUGAUCUUCAACAGAAUUAUGGCGGACAAUCUUUACUUGCAAUCGAUACAUUCAAACAAUUGUUCCCGAAUAUCGAUCCCUUUGCUGGAUCCCGUAUGCGAGCCCAUGCUUCUGCCGAUGUUCUUGGCAAGACUCUGACUCCAUACUGGGAUGAUCUAGCCGAAAACGAUGAGACAAAGUAUGUCUUAGCGGCUGAUGAAUGGGUUAUCACUAAUCGGAUUAAUGCGGAUACGAAUCACAACUUCACAAAUUGGCAGGAGUUUUUCGGACCCAAUCAAUACAAUGGUGAUAACUUCACGAACAUUGCACGAUACAAUCUGUCUAAUCCUAUCUUCGAUGCAUCUGGUGCUGGUCUAGAUGUCAGCGAUGACGCUUUUUCAGUGUACGGCUAUGAUGCAAAUCCGGCACCAUCAGGGGCUAAGCCACCAUUUGCAGCAGAGGAUAUAAUCAUUCUAUCUGACGGUAUAUGUCACUCUUCUUGUGCUCUUUUGAUCGAGAUGUUUCGCCACGAAGCUGGAGUUCGAGUUGUUGUAGUAGGAGGCACACCAACAACAGGACCAAUGCAGGCUCCUGCUGGAUCUCGUGGCGCACGUGACUACGACACUUUCACUCUUGACGCCAAUAUCGAUUUCACUCAGAAACUUUUGCAAAACCAAAGCUCAAUCGAUGCAACGUUUCUUCCGAAUAGAACUGAACAACUCAGCGUGUUUGUCUACUUUGCGGAUAUAAACCUACGUGAUCAAGUACGUAAAGAUGAAGAGAUUCCAUUACAAUUCGCCUACGAAGCCGCAGAUUGUAGGAUUUACUAUACACCACAAACUGUGUAUAAUUAUACAAAUCUCUGGCAAUAUGCAGCCGACGCCAUCUGGAAGAACUCUAGUCUAUGCGUUCAGGAUUCAACUGGGUAUUCAUCAACGUCACAAAAUUCAAUGAACUUUGUCGGCCCAUCAGGUGGUACCGGAAAGAUCUCUACCAAUAUCACCGAUUACCUUGCUUCGUUAACGACCUCUCCCAUUGCAAACUUCAUUCUCCAGGGUCUCAAUGACGGUCUGCCAGCCAUCAACGAAGGUGCAUCUCGCAAUGCUCCCGCAUCUGCCAAAGUUAUCAAAUGUACCACAGAUGACGACUGCUUAAAUGGUAAGCUCUGCGUGAGUAUUUCGUCUUGUUCUGGGGGUAAAGCUGUUUCUCAGUGCUUGAGAAAAUGUCCAGCAGCUGGUCGUCUAUGCCCUAGUACCAAGACCAAAUGCACACCGCAUAGCACAGAUGGAAAACUGGGAAAUCAAAAGCUUCACAAGAACAUCUGUCCUCCAGCAGGAAGUGCAGCAAAGUGUGAGAGUCAAAGCCAGUUGAAAUCGGUUAAUCUCAAUCAAUGUCCUGACUGUAGCAAAUAAUUGGAUUAAUGAUGGAAAUAAUGAUGGCUAGGAAUCGGCAUUGAGGAGUUCAUGGCGGAAUAAUUUAGGUUUCUUGGCCUCUCAAUUUGGGUUUUGUAUUUAUGUAUCUUUAUUGCUUGUUUCAAGCAGCGUUUUUCAAAAGUUUAUUCAGAGUGGAGUGCCACGGAAAAUAUUGAUUGUAUGUAACUAGAAUCAUUUCCGGAUUUAUGAGUUCCACUGUGAUCUCCAAGGCAAGCAGAUCUUGUCAGAUAUCACGAGGAUGAAGUCAGUCAUGUUUUACCCUGUCGUUAAUUAUAAUUAGAAUUUCAUUUCUUGGCUGUGGGGCACAUGGUAGACAAUAUCCCAUUUUUCUGCAUGUCAGCAAGCGCCCCCAUUUUGGA